UAUAUAUAUAUAUAUAAAAUAGACUGCUUUAAGCUCUUUUCUGCCUCUGAUUAAAAUCCAGCUAAUUUCUUUUUUCUUUUCCCUUUGUAUUUUUAAUAAUAUGACAAAGAAAGAAACAGACGAAAACGGAGAGCAAGUUAAAAAGAGUCGAAGGCCAAUGGAUGGAGCGUUUAGACAACAACGAUUGCCAGCUUGGCAACCUGUGUUAACUCCUCGAACUGUCUUGCCUACGUUGUUUAUUGUAGGCAUCCUAUUUUGCCCUGCAGGUGGAUUAUUAUGGUGGAACAGUAAUAAAGUAAACCCGAAUGUGUUUUGUAGAGCUUCUCAUAGAACAUUGAAUAGGUUGAUCAAAUCAUGAUAAACUAUUCAUACUGUCAAGAAUACACUAGUCCUGUUUAUAUGACCCCAAGCUUAUAUGAUUAUCAGAUUUCAGAUAAGAAUUUCGAUGUAUUCAGAAUGCAGCCACCUGCUUAUGCCUAUACAAAUGCCACCAGUUUUCUCGAUACAGAUUGGGAAAAUCCAAAUAACUUAACUAUUCCUCGCUGUACGAUUGAUUUUACUAUCCCGACUACCAUGAAAGCACCUGUAUAUAUGUAUUAUCGACUGACUAAUUUCUACCAAAACCAUCGACAGUAUAUCAAGAAUUUUGAUGAUACUCAAUUGCUAGGCAACAGAGCAUCUGGCUCUACAUUACGUACCAAUUGUGAUCCUCUUGCUUAUGACGACACUGGAAAAAUCAUUUAUCCAUGU